CAUCUCUUUAAUGCCUUGUUUAUGAUAUUCUAUAAAAUACAACCUUGCAUUCCCACCUCCACCCUAUUAUAUACCUUUCCUUCAACUUCUUUUUUGUUCCAAGAACUUGAGCAGCCUCCAAAGAAGAUUACAAACACCAACAGAUCAAGAAGGCAGAACUUGUGCACCAAUCCAUCAAGAAGCAAGAUCAAGAUCUUGUCAAAACUUUGUUGUUAUCUUUGGAUCAAAGAUUAAAGGGGAAAUGGAAAGCAAGGUGGCAUAUGACAAUGAUCUUAACCUCAAAGCAACCGAGCUUAGAUUAGGGUUGCCGGGGACAGAUUACAGUGAAGAACAAGCACUUUUUAGUGCUAGAAACAACAAGCGGCCAUUGCCUGAAUUGAACGAGAAGUGUGGAUCGAAGGGUAGUUCUGAUGCUCCACACGCAGGGAAUGAAACUGCCCCUCCUACCAAGGAACAGAUAGUGGGGUGGCCUCCGAUCCGAUCAUACAGAAAAAACAACCUGCAGCCGAAGAAAACUGAGCCUGAGGCUGCUGGAAUUUACGUGAAAGUAAGCAUGGAUGGAGCCCCUUACCUCAGGAAAAUUGACCUAAGGAUCUACAAGGGAUACCCAGAACUUCUUCAGGCAUUGGAGAACAUGUUUAAAUUCACCAUCGGUGAGUACUCGGAGAGGGAAGGGUACAAGGGAUCGGAAUAUGUUCCAACUUAUGAAGACAAAGAUGGUGACUGGAUGCUGGUUGGAGAUGUACCGUGGGAUAUGUUCAUGUCAUCCUGCAAAAGGCUGAGAAUCAUGAAAGGAUCAGAGGCUAGAGGCUUGGGAUGUGGUAUAUGAAAUACCCACAAGUAAAAGCAACCCCAAAGGAGCAAGAGAAGAAUUGAUGUCUCUGUCAUCAAGAGCAAAUCUCUUAGCUAGGGUUCUCGGAUAAGAAUUUUGGAUUGGAAGUUUGGUCUCGUCGUUCAGAGUCCCCAGCUAGUCUUCGACAGGGAAUCGUACGUAGACAGAGAAACAUGGUGCGGUUACCGUUUAUUUCCUGACAUUUGGCAGCAACGUCGACUCUGGAGGUCUGAGGAUCUUCGAUGCUAAUUGAAUGGCUUCGAUCUAUUGAUUCUAUCAAGCCUGCAAAAGUGCAUGCAUGGAAGAAGUUAUAUAUUGCUUCGAAGGCAGGCAGUUGUAUAAACCAAAUGACAUGUUUAUUUAUUUAAGUUUGGUUUUGUAUAAUAUUGAUAUAAAUUAUAUCAAAGCUAUAUACCGUAUAUGUCUAUACAGAUUGAACCUGAAAUUUAUGUCUA